GUAAGUGGUUACUUUUCUCUUCUCCCUUCUCUUUUUUACUUGCCCUAUACUCCUCAAACUCGAAUUGUUUAUGUAUCACCUAAAUCCGAUUCAGUGUGCACCUAAUCGCAAUAAUUGGUCCCUCGCCGGAUUGGGCCAAGUCCAUCCGCACAAAUUUCGCGAACCUGGUGCUCCGGUGAGGCGGGUUCCGUUGUUCUUGAGCCGAAUUUGGGCAAGAUUUUGGUCUUCCUCCGCGGAAUCCGGAGGGCGAUUUCGUUCUGGUUCUUGCGUUGUGGCUCCAGGAUAUGGAGCGGCGUGGGUGGCUCAAGGCCGCGGUUUUGAUGUGCUUGUUGGUUCUUUGCUCCGGAAGAGAAUUGAAGACCAAACAUGCACCCAUAUAUGACCCGACCCUUGCCAGGACUCUUGCUGAAUAUACUUCUGCUGUUUAUACUGCUGACCUGACCCAACUAUUUUCGUGGACCUGUCAAAGAUGUGGUGACUUAACAGAGGGGUUCGAGGUGAUAGAGCUGAUUGUUGAUGUGAAAAAUUGCUUACAGGUUACUCCUCCCCCUGCCUACCCUGAAUCUCUUUUACCUAGCAAUAGUCUUUCUCUUGUAUUGAUGAUCCUAUGUUUGAUGAAUCAGGCAUAUGUUGGUUUUGCUGGAGAUAUGAAUGCAGUUAUAGUUGUGUUUAGGGGCACUCAAGAAAACAGCAUUCAGAACUGGAUAGAGGACUUAUUUUGGAAACAACUUGAUCUCGACUACCCGGGCAUGCCUGAAGCAAAGGUUCACAGUGGAUUUUAUUCUGCUUACCAUAACACAACAUUGCGUGAUGGAGUUGUCAGUGGUAUUCAAAAGACCAGGGCAGUGUAUGGCAAUAUUCCUAUCAUGGUCACAGGACAUUCCAUGGGAGGGGCUAUGGCAUCAUUUUGUGCCCUUGAUCUUGUUGUCAACUUUGGGUUAAAGGAUGUGACACUGAUGACAUUUGGACAACCUCGGAUUGGCAAUGCUGUCUUUGCUUCUUAUUUUAGAAGACAUUUGCCAAAUGCAGUUCGAGUGAUCAACGCGCAUGAUAUUGUGCCUCAUUUACCCCCAUACUACCACUAUUUUCCACAAAAGACAUACCAUCAUUUCCCACGAGAGGUAUGGAUCCAUAAUGUUGGACUAGGAAGCUUCAUAUAUUCGAUAGAGCAAAUCUGUGAUGGUUCUGGAGAAGACCCGACUUGUAGCAGGUCUGUGAUUGGAAACAGCGUGCACGACCAUAUACACUAUCUUAGCAUCAGCAUGCAUGCUGAGUCAUGGGGAUCUUGUAGAAUCGUCACAGACGACAGAACCCUGCAGUAUAAGAUGGAUCCUGCCGGCAAUAUUGUCUUGUCGAAGCAACCUGGUUUAUCGGUUAAUGAGCAACACAGUGCAGAGUGAAUAAACUCACGAUGGCAUGAAGAUUUUUCUUAUUUGGUAUUAUUCCCUGUGUUGCUGUAUGAUCCUAUUGUGAUGAAUUCAAGAGGGGGGGGGGUAUAGGAAGCACGGCUUUUGUGUAUAAUCUAUUCGGCCAUGUUCAAAAUAUUGGUAGCAAUCUUCUUUUUAGAGGGUGCUUGUUAGCGGUCCAAGGAUGCUGUGUAUACGCGUGUACAUAUCUCAAAACUUUUUCAAAGCAUAGCAUCUGCUACUUGUGAUGA